AUGGCUCCGUUUCGCAACAGGGAUCGGUCCAACAGAUCUGGACGUGGUCAGGUGGAGCAUAACGUGCUUGAAGGACUCCCCAUCAAUCAGUACAAAGAAGUUGAAAUUACCAUUGGCCCCAACACUAUUGAAAACAAGCAACUGGAUCAGAACGACUGGCCGGCGCCCCCUAUGCCCCGGGAUUCUCACAUGUUACCUGAACAUUCUCAGCAGAUUCUUGCUAGAGCAAGAGCUGGGCGCAUCUACAAGCCUCCGGCACCAGUAGAAGAGGACAAAGAGAUCUUGGACGAGGAAGAGGAGCACAAGGAGGUUCGCCAGGGGUUUUCAAUCAAGAAGUGGGUCAAAGUGCCGAGACACCUUGAGGAGCCCGAACCAGAGUACCUAGCCAAGCGGCGCAAAGGGUUACCAUCGCAGUAUGUAAACGGCGCCGCAGUAAACCAGCCCACUCCCAUGAGGGAGACGAAAGUCAAGAAGACAGAUGCAGAGGGCAACGUAAAUGUGUACAAGGUUUUGGUCCCCGAAGGGCAGGCAGUUCAAGGCGAAGUACAACCGACGGACGCUGUCCCUGAUGCAGCAGCAGUCCCCGCUCCAGGAACUGUGGUAGAAGGCGUUGGUGUUGUGAAUGCCGAAGGCGUGGUAGUAGCAAAUGAUCUACUGCAACAAACUCCUCCCAGAAGAAGACCUCCUCCUCCCAAAAAGAAGAAGAAGAGUGGACCAGGGCGUGGCAAGAAGAAGGUACUUUUUGCGGAAGGGACUACGGAGACAGGAACGCCAAUCUCCAGCACUGGCAGCGAAUUACUCACCGUGCCGGGUGUCAAACAAGAAGGAUCAGUCGAACCAUCUGAGGGAGGCGAUACUCCAAUGCUAGAUGCUGGGGACUAUGAUGAAGGAUCCGGAGAAGAAGGUUCGGAUGAUGACGAUAAUGACGACCACGAGGACCACGAUGACCAGGACGACGCUGGCCAUACAUCAACGCCUGCGCGAGCGACAUCCACUCCUAAAACAUCAGCCUCGGCGACGAAUGAGUCCAUUAUUGAACAAGCGGACACGAGCAUGCCUGAUGCUGCACCCCUCGUGGAAGCUCCGCCUAUAGCUGUGACUCAACCAGACCCUCCAACUGAGCCUUCGGCUCCUGCAGUAGACUCCAUAGCUGCUGAAACCAACGAACCUUCUGUGCAGCCACCUGUCAAGCCGGAAAAGGAAGAGGCACCUCGGCGGGACCCCUCCAGCUCUCCAGAGCUCCCUCUUUCGACCGUAUCGCACAGUCGCCAAAACUCUCUCAAUCAAUUACCACCAAUUCCUACCCCUGAGACUUCGGUAGUCCCGGAGCCUGCUGAAGUCACAGAGCCUGUUGAAACCACCGAGACUGCUGAAGUCGCGGAGCCUGCUGAAGUCGCGGAGCCUGCUGAAGUCGCGGAGCCUGCUGAAGUCGCGGAGCCUGCUGAAGUCACGGAGCCUGCUGAAGUCACGGAGCCUGCUGAAGUCACGGAGCCUGCUGAAGUCACGGAGCCUGCUGAAGUCACAGAGCCUGCCGAAGUCACAGAGCCUGCCGAAGUCACAGAGCCUGCCGAAGUCACAGAGCCUGCUGAAGUCACGGAGCCUGCUGAAGUCACAGAGCCUGCCGAAGUCACAGAGCCUGCCGAAGUCACAGAGUCUGCCGAAGUCACGGAGCCUUUUGCGCCCGAAGCAGCUCCUGUUGAGGAAGUAGCAGCACCAGUCGUGGCGGAUCAACCGAACAUUACUGCUACGAAUCUGGAUGUCCCAGCGGACGUCGCAACCGCUCCAGAUGGUGAACCGGAUUUGCUAGGAAGCCUAGAAAGGCAUUUGGAACAGGAUAAUUAA